UUCAGCGAUUUCCGACCAAGUCCGAGGAAUGCAUUCUUCACGCCAGAUAAGUGCUCCACAAGAAACAUGAGCUCCCCGCCUCCUUCUGUGACUCAGUGCCUGCUGCCUGUUACAAGGCUGACAUGUGACCCCACGGACCGGUUCCCGUCCAAGUCUCACAUUCCGCUGCUGAUAUUGACCUCGACAUCGUCUCGUAGUAAGCUGGACAGAUUGAUACAGUACCGGCGUUGGCGAGAAGCCAUGAUGGACUGCGUGCAUCCUAGCAAACUGCCUUUGUCUGAGUCCUUCAGGAAAACCCUAGACUCUGCUGUGAUGGAGGAAUGGGCCCUCCAUUGCUGGCAGCCAUCCAAGGACAUGUACGUGGACUCCCAGGGCGUGUGGUGGAGCGCUUCUUACCAGGAAAUUGAGAGUGGAGAUGUGCCAGAGUCUCUCCUCGGAGACGGCCGACUGUUCAGUAAAGAAGGACUGCUAGACUUCACAGCCAGGCUACCCUACAUUAAAGUUGGCCCACUGCGUUUUCUGCACGCCACUUACGUCCUGAUGGCCGUCGCCUGCGUCACGCUGGGUCACGUUGGUAUCCGACUCUACCACUGCGGCGGCGACGAAUAUGAGUACUACUGUCAGGAGGACGACCUUGAAUGCAUCAUGCAGAUGUUCGCACAGUCGCGGUGA